UUUGUUGAGAAAUGGUGUUUUAGACUCAAAUAUAUAUGUAAUAUGGAAGGCCUAAAGACAAAUUCCACAGCACUUGCUGCACUUGCAGAGUAUACUGAAUGUGACAUCCGUUCGUGCUUGAACACACUACAGUUUCUCAACAAGAAGAAUCAAACCCUCAAUGUGUUUGAGAUCAGUUCCCAAGUGGUAGGUCAAAAGGACAUGUCUAGAAGCAUCUUUGAUAUCUGGAAAGAGAUUUUUCAGAAUAGAAAAAUGAAGCGAGCAAAAAGAUCUGAUAAUUGCUGCAGUGGUAUGUCCAAUGGAUUUGACUUUCUGUACCCUCUCAUAUCUAAUCGUGGUGACUAUGAUUUAAUUUUGGAUGGCAUCCAUGAAAAUAUUUUCCAGCUUCAUUAUCAUGAUCCAAUAAUGCAGAAGACAGUCAAGUGCUUAAACACUCUUGGCAUUUCUGAUCUAGUGCACCAAUAUGUUAUGCGUACACAGCAGAUGUCUCUUAAUGUUUAUCAGCCUCUUACUGCAAUUAGUUUACAUCGUUUAAUAGCCCAAGUUCAAAAACCAAUUAUUGAAUGGCCGAAGUCUUUUAUGAGAUACCGAACGACAUUCAUGGAAAAGAGGGAUAUUUUGAGGUCUUGGCACAACAAAAUUGCACCAUAUAUUUCAAGGCAUUUGUCUAUUAAAUCUUUUGUAGAAGCUUUGGUUUCUCCAUUAUUGCAUAUUCUAUCACCACCAACUCUAAGACCGGUGGCAUUGCACUUACUAUCAGAAAGAGAAAGGAAUGACCUAGCUCAGUUAAUUAAUGCUAUGGUGUCCUAUUCAAUAACAUACAAGAACAUGAAAUCUGAUCCUCUACAUGGUACCCAGCUACAUGAAGCAGCUUCAGAUGGCUUGUCACUUUCCUUUGAUCCCCCAAUUGCUGACUUUGUCACCUUCAAGGGAUUUAGUUUGGGUCAUUAUGCUCUUGGUGUAGCUGUCAAACAGCUUUUGAUGCAUGAAAUAGAAAAGAAAAUUUUUUUGCAAGGAAGCAUGAGCAAAACUAUGCAUUCAACUGAUGGAAAACGCAGAGAGAACUGGGCAAUGACAACGGAGGAAAAGAGCCGAGCUCAAUCUGGCAAUGUUAGUCAUGCAGCUGGAUGUGCUGAGAACAACAUAGAAACAGCAAAGAGUAAGGCCAGUACUUCCAUCGUUUCGUCAGCCUCUGGUUCUAGUGGAAGUGUAGAAGCCAGUGUAAAACUAAAAUCUUCCAGAGAUGUGAAGAAGCCUCCUAGGGGCUCUACUUUCUUUGAUAGGUUCAAAAAGUUGAGCAGCAAAGGUUCUCAAACUACUAACCUCAUCCAAGAGCCAGUAACACUGGAGAGAGAUUCACGUCCUCUGCUAUUUAAGUUUAACGAGGGUUUUACAAAUGCAGUUAAAAGGCCAGUUUAGAUUCGUGAAUUUUUGCUAUAACUGGGAUCAGAAUUAUUGUAAGCACUAAAAUGGUGCCUUUUCUUUUCUUUUGUUUGUCACAUAUAAGAUGUAGAUCUGUGCUCUUUUGCUUAACCCCCAAUUCCAAAGACAUAUAAGUUAUCUCAUGGGACGCUGCUUGACGACCAUCCAUGUGUUUGUUUUUUUUUUUUGGUUUUAAAAGAGAGGACAGCAAUGAUACACCUUUUAAUCCCUUUUGAGUAGUUGAAUUUUCUGGACCUUUUCAUUCUUUACCAUACAAGAGUACAACAUUUUUCCUUUUUUUCUGGUGUGUCAGGAAGACAAGAUGCGGCAGGAACACUACGUAAACUGAGUUCUACAUUUGGCUUAUAUUAUAUUGAAUCUGCGUCA